AUGUUUGGCUGGGGCCCUGGGCUGGGCCUGGCCUCUGUUAGCAAAGAACCCGAAGAAGAACGCGAAGCUCCUGCUCAACCAACCCCGCUGGACUUCCCCAUCUACCAGCUCCCCGAGGUGGUCCCCCACCCCACCGAGUCGACCCUGCAUGACCUAUCCACCCUCCUGGCCUCCAUCAAGCGGCCCCAAGAUAUCACCCUUGAACGAUUCGCCGCGCUAAAUCUCAAGGUCGAUCGCGAUGUCGACAUCCAACAAAUGUUCCCAGAGGACGUGGUACAGACCUCGCCCAUGCCCUGGGACCCAACACCGGAAGUCCCCGCCGGAGAGACUGAACCCCGUCCCUUGAUGAGCAAUGGACUGCCAUACCCGUCAAAGGACCGCUUCGAAGUACUGCAGACGGAGCUAUUGCUAGAAAAUGACGAUGUCUUCAGAGAGGUCUCCCGAUUGCCCGUCCGCGAGGGCCGCGAACGGGUCCGCGUGACACAGUCACGCAAGUUCUGGGCGGCAUUGGAGCGAAUGGCACAAUACUGGGAUACAAGUCUGGAUAACUACUUUGAACGCCCGGCAACACCGCAGCGCACCCCGCCGUCCGAGAGUGAUACCAAGGAUGAUGAGAUGCAGAUCGACAACCUGCCCGAUGUGACGGAGGGCACGAUGGACGUGGAUCAACCAGUUUUGGUCGGCAGCGCCGAUCUUGAAAAGGCUCCACAGCCUAUCGUGAAAUUGUAUACAGGUCGUCGCAGUGGUGCCGGUCAUGAAAUGCCCGAGGAUUGCCGCGAGGAGGUCGUCAGAAGCUUCAUCGAGAUGGCCGCCUGGCCGUUUGGAUGCCAGGUUACGAUUCCCACAUUGCCACCCCGGCUGACAGUGAAGAACCUACUUUUCCCAGUCCGACAGUCUUUGCAGUCGGCGCGGUCUCCGCGAGACCGCGAGACCGCGCGAAACGGUAUCCUAGAGGGGCCCGUUCUCAUCGCGCAAUGUCGUCCCGAAACUGGUUUCCGGAACGAAGGCGAUGCUCCCGGCACAGGUCUUGGAGAGAUCUGUGAUCUAUUUCGUGAAGUGGGAGGCAUGCUGUUGGCUGCGCAGGAGCGCGCCCGUGAGGGCGGAGUAGAGCUGCGACCAGGAGAGGGGAAAUGGUGGACAAUCAAACCGCGGUUUGGUGGUGCUCCCGCCGAUGGAAUUCUGGAAGGUCUCAUGAAUGGGCCUGGCAUUCACGGGAUACCUAUUCCGGACUCGCUGCUCAGUUCUGGUCAAGACAAGCCUUCAACAUCCGCCCCGGAGGCGGAAAGCGCGCGCAAGAGACAUAAGUUCGAGCAUCCUUUUGUGACUUCUUUGGCGCGCCGGCCGAGCGCCAUGCGGAAGCUUUCUAGUGGUGAGAAAUGGCAGAUCAUUCAGCCUGGUCCCAGUCUGUGGGAUAAGCGUAUGCGGUAUAUGCAGAUCGGUAAGGCUAAGGAUAGCCCAUUUGACGAUAUUUACAUGAUCUCAGCUAUUAACCACCAUAUCGCUAUCUUGCAUCUCCGAGUCCACCGCAGAUACCUCGAAAUCCUCACUAACGGCGAAAGUACUUUCCCCGAGGAAUCCCCCAUCCCAGACCAACCAUGGCACGUCCUGAAACUCCAACGUACUCGGUGGUACGACUUGCUAGAUGCAAACGACCGCAUUGAAGGAUUGAAAUGCGUUUGGAGGUUAUUCCAUUACCAGCAGAGAACUAUCUGA